CUGAGGAAGCUGAUGUGUUAUUCCUUCUCUGCAUCGAAGGAUCAGGAAGUUUGUGCUCUCUGCGUGGCUGAGAAGUUUUUUUACCUACUAGGACGGGGUUGGGGGAGGGACGUGGGGGAACAGGUGUCCCCCUAAAAUAGAGCGCAAGCUGCUGCCUGUGUCCAGCCGUAACCCAGGAGUAACGUCAGUUACAACGCUAAAGACAUUGUGCUAGUUGCUAUGGAGACUAUAAAAACCCAAGAAGACACUAUCCCUGCCCUCAAGAAGUUUACAGUUGAGAGACAGCCAUACCAAAAGAAAGACUAUAAUAAAUACUAUAAAGGAUAAACAGGUGAGAAUGACCACUUUAACUCACCGGGCCCGUCGCACUGAAGUAGGCAAGAACUCUGAAAAGAAAGUGGAAAGUGAGGAAGACACUAAUCAAGACAGGAGUCCAGACCAUGAAGACUUUAGUGACUCUAAGGAUAUUCGCCUCACCCUUAUGGAAGAAGUAUUGCUCCUGGGACUAAAAGAUAAAGAGGGUUACACAUCUUUCUGGAAUGACUGCAUAUCAUCUGGCCUGCGAGGGGGUAUCCUGAUAGAGCUGGCGAUGCGGGGUCGAAUCUAUCUGGAACCCCCCACGAUGCGUAAGAAGCGACUACUGGACAGAAAGGUACUGCUAAAGUCAGAUAGCCCAACAGGGGAUGUUUUACUGGAUGAAACUCUCAAACACAUCAAAGCAACUGAACCCACAGAAACCGUCCAGACAUGGAUAGAGCUACUCACAGGUGAGACCUGGAACCCCUUCAAAUUACAGUACCAGCUGAGAAAUGUAAGAGAGCGAAUUGCAAAGAACCUAGUAGAAAAGGGUAUUCUAACCACUGAGAAGCAGAAUUUCCUCCUAUUUGAUAUGACUACUCAUCCAGUGACCAAUACAACAGAGAAACAACGACUAGUCAAAAAACUUCAAGAUAGUGUCCUAGAGCGGUGGGUAAAUGACCCUCAGCGUAUGGACAAGCGAACACUAGCACUCCUGGUGCUAGCCCACUCCUCUGACGUGCUAGAGAAUGUCUUCUCCUCACUGACAGAUGACAAGUAUGAUGUGGCAAUGAAUCGAGCCAAGGAUCUAGUAGAACUGGACCCUGAAGUGGAGGGGACAAAGCACAGUGCCACAGAGAUGAUCUGGGCUGUGCUGGCAGCCUUCAAUAAAUCCUAAAGCCAGUGGGUGGGUUUCUCCUUUUCCCCUGCCGGCUGGUGACUGUCAGAGACACCACACUGAGUUUUGUGUGAUGAGAUGUUUUUCAUCAUUUUUUUCCUUCUCUUGAAUCAGAUUUGUGAUUUGGGGAGAGCAGCUUCAGGGCUUCUCCAUAAACUUUGGCCAUUGUAAACAGACUAUUUCUCCUUAUUUUUCCACUACAGAGGUGAAUAAACUAGGUGAACCCACACACACCCAACAGGCACCAUUUUUUCUCAUUUCUUGGUUUACUUCCACCCAGUGUGCUUUUGGAUAAGCAGGAAUAUCUAAGUGGGAUUUGAAGUUCUCCAGUCAGAAAAUGUGAGUGAGAUAUAGAGCAAACCAUUUAUUAAGUUUUUUAAAAUUUGUUUUCUAUCUUUUUUUUUUUUUUAAGUAGGUUCCACGCUCAACGUGGGGCUUACUCAUGACCCCAAGGUUAAGAGUCACAUACUCUAUGGACUGAGCCAGCCAGGCGGCCCCUAUUUUCUACCUUAAAUACAUGUUUUCACAGUCUUUGUCUCUCAGACUCUACUAAGUAAUGUAGUUAUUGAAAUAACUGUUUCUUUGAAUAAGGGGCAGUGGAAACAAAACUAAUUUUUGGAGCAGAUGGUCUCUGGGAUUGUAUGUCCCACUAAUGAUUUUUUCUUCUUUCCUUUUCUAACCUAAUGAAAAGAUUGCAAACUUGAUUGCCUGGUUCUCACAGCCCUAGAAUCAGAAAUAUAUUCUAUACUCUCUCUUAGCAUUAUCCUACCCCUUCAUUCAUUAGGACAAAAGUCUGAAUGAAAAAAAAAAUGUAUCAACCAUGUCCUUCAGCCUUUAGUUAUAUGAUUUAUAAGGGAGGGAGGUAGCAUGAGAAUUUCCACUCAUUAGCACAUGACUGUCCUGAUUCCUCCAGAUAGACUCUACAUGUCUCUGAAUUGAGGGAGUUAUAAAUUUCAGUUGCUGAGUAGCAGCAUCCUGAGUCCAGUCUAUCUAAACUCCAGAAGUUCUUGUUCCCUAUCUUCGACUUGCUUCAUAAAUUGAUAGAUUCUGUCUAUAUUUAAGGGUUGUAGGAGUAUUUUUGUCUACAUUUAAUUCACAGUUACCCUCCUAGUCAUUAGUCUUGUUUCAACACAACCAUCUAUCUACCCAAAUCUCUAAAAAGUUUCAAUUUUUUCAAUUCAAUAGUGAGUGCAAAGAGAAGAUUAAGAUAAAUCCUAUUUAGAAGAGCAAUUUGGUGUCAAAAGCAUGCUGAUAUAAAGUCUAGUGUUUGGGAAUAUAAAGAGGACAGGCACCAAGUUGUGCUAAGGUCUAGCAUUUAUUAUGCUAAUAUUUUUUAAGGGAGCAUGCUUCGUGACCAUUACAGAGAAACAGGUUGUCAGAGAGCUAAUACAGACAACCCAGACCUGAUACCAGAUAUUCAGUAAUUACAAGAAUGAUUGUAACUUUGAUUUCCUACCGCAAACCUGUUUAGCCCCACAAAAUUCCCCAACUCAAUUAACUCAAUUAAGUUUUUCACUUCAGGUAUUGCUUAUGUGACUAGAGAUACAAAUUUUUGUGUGAAAUGAAUUCUAAAUGUGAGCCCGAGUAGAGUUUCAGUCUGGCUCUCUGAAAGUACAAAAACCAGUCCAUGUGUUGUAUCUACCUGACUUAGUUUUCCUUUCCAUUUGAACAAUUCAGCAGGAAUUGAAACCAGGUUUUCCUGUGGAAAGUAUCAGCUUGAUUGGGGGAAUGGGGGGCAGAAGUUGAGUUGAGUUCUUUCUUGCAACUCUUGGUCAGUGUUUAUUUUUAUAUUGUAUCUCAAUGAGGAUUUCUUCAGUUUGAAUCUGUAUUCACUGCAAAACACCUUCUCCUUUAAUGCAUAUGGCCUUCACAUUUCUGUACAAUAAAUAUCAAUUUUUGGUUC